AUGAAUCUCAAUGACGAUGAUGUUAACAAACAGAUUCAACAUAUGAUUGAAUUUAUUCAACAAGAAGCAGCUGAAAAAGUUGAAGAAAUCGAAGCAAAAGCUGAAGAAGAAUUUAAUAUAGAAAAAAGUCGUUUAGUAUCUCAACAACAUAUUAAAAUAAUUGAAUAUUAUGAUAAAAAAGAAAAACAAAUUGAAUUACAACGAAAAAUUCAACAUUCAAAUUUAGCUAAUACAAAUCGUCUUUCAAUUCUUAAAGCUCGUGAUGAUUAUGUUCAAGCAUUAAAAGAACAAGCUCGAAAACAAUUAACUAUUUUAACACAAAAUAGAGUUAAAUAUAUAUAUAUACUUGUUAAUCUUAUAACAGAAGGUAUUUUUGUGCUUAUGGAAAAUGAUAUUACUAUUCGAUGUCGACAAGAUGAUUAUGGUCUUGUUCAAAGACUUAUUCCUGAUGCUAUUCAACGAUAUAAACAAGAAUUCAAACAAAAUGAUAUUAAAAUUACAGUUGACGAUAAAAAUUUCUUAGCUGAUGAUUUAGCUGGUGGUAUUGAACUUUAUGCAAUGGAUGGAAAAAUAAAAGUGUCAAAUACAAUUGAAGCUCGUCUUGCAAUGAUUUUUCAUCAUAUGUUACCUGAUAUUCGACGAGACUUGUUUGGUAUAAAUCAACAUCGAAUAUCUAAUUAUUAA